ACUACAACCUUCACAACCAACCAAUCCCUAAAGGAAGAAGAAAGAUGAUAUUCAGCAAGAAUGAUGAAGUAGGAUUUGUCGUAUUCGAAACCAAAGUGCGUAUUUUAGUAGGAGCAAUCAUCAGAGCUCUAAAUGGGCAAGAGAUCGAAAGUGGGUAUGUUAGAGGGGCUGCCAUUGGUGCCAUCUCUGGUGUUAUUUUCUUAUUGAGGUCUUCGAGUCUUCAAUGCUUUUAUGGCAAUCAGAUGAAUCUGGCAUUGGAUGUAUACUGUAUUUGGUCACCGACAUUCUUUACCUAAAACAGCAUCCCAUUUUAGAUUAGUUGUAUGGUCUAAUUAUUUAUUGAACUGCUUAAUUUAAACUUUUCAUACACGUGAUCAAUAUUAUGAAAUUGUGUAGAUUCAUGUGAUUGUGAGCCUUUUAAGCUGUAGACUUGUCCAUGAAUGCAUUUGUCCGGCUAUGCUUGUGCUAUGCAAAGUUAGAUGGGAGCUAUGGAAGCAACAACAUUUGAAGAGGCCCAGAACAUUUUUGACACGAAUGGGGCAAAUGGUUUGGUUGGGGAUACAAUCGAAAAGAUCCCAAAAAUUAUAAUUCGUAAAGAUGAAAAUGUUGAUUUUUUUGGGGAGAGUCUUCUUCAUUCUGUCUUCAAGUACUAUUAAUCAUGAAUAAUAAUGAUUCUUUUAUUGAUAA